AGCUCGGACGUUGACGUUAGUGAGAGGGGCAUGGGAAUCGCGACACGGCACUUGCGCCGUGCCGCGCCCGUGGUAGCGUCUGGCACAGUGAUCCUCACGCUCGUCACCUGUCUAGUGAUCGCCAAGGCGAACAACUUUUACACGGGCGGUCUCACGUGGCCCUACUUCUCCGACCUGGGUCGUGACUCACCAGGCUACUAUAUGUUCUGCGUCGGUCUUACCAUUGUGGCGACUGCACUGUGCGCUACUUGGUACUUCAAUUACCAGUUCCAGAGCUCGGCACUACGGCUCCCCACGCUGCUCGGUUACGUGUCACGCUUCGUGCUGUGGACUGCAAGGGCGUGCACUUUCAUUGGUAUUAUCUCCACCAUCGGACUACCGAUACUGGCUUUCUUCAGCACGUCUUCAUACCCGUCACUACACAACAACGCUGCGUACUGGUUCUUCCUGUUAGAAACCAUCGCUAUCUUUCUCAAUACUUACGUCAGCCACAAGCUUGUUCAAAGCGCCAAGGUUCCUGAAACGACGGCAGGGGAAAUCCCGGUGAUCUGCGAUUUUGAGGACAUCGACGCUGACACAAAACUCCGAGGCAUGCGGCGAACGUUUCGGCUUCAAGCUGUCUGCAGCGCCCUGUUCUUCGUGGCCUUCCUGCUGUACUUGCCGAUCGGUCUCAGCGUUGUCCAGCCGUUCAAACGACUCACCAUCGACCAGUGCUUGGAACGCGAUCUGGGUCAAGAGUACUGCCGAGUGACGAUGAAGUAUGAUGAUGUUCACACGAGGCUUUGGAAUUAUGAGCAAGACUUCUCGGCCACGCAGAUGCGAGCAGCAGCACAACUCGGCUGCAUUUUGACGCUCGUCGGCUACUCGGUUUCUUUCCUGACUCACAACGUCGAGACGUUCGUCAAAGACCGAGACCGGGUUGCAACCUUUGAGGCGUCCGGGAUGCAGACGAACAACGCGCACUUUUGCGCGAUUCCUGUGCUCAUGUCGCCCGAGCGACCGUCAGAUUCUCGUGACAGCACAGAUUUCAUCACCAAUGUAAAUGGAUAA